UAGAACAUCUGAUCCUUUCCUUUCCGCCGGGUUCUGUCCUCUAUUCCGUCCUGACGAGAAUCUUUCAAAAUCACAUUUUAUCAACUGUGACAAACUUUUGCAGGGGUUUUGAAAAAAAAAUGGCAGGGAAAAAAGUGUUGAUUGUAUAUGCACACCAAGAGCCCAAGUCUCUAAAUGGUUCCUUAAAAACUCUGACAGUGGAAGAACUGAGGAAGCAAGGCUGCACUGUCACUGUUUCAGACUUGUAUGAAAUGCAGUUUGAGCCAAGAACAACAAAGAAGGACAUCAUCGGUGACCUAUACAAUCCUGAUCAUUUUAAUUAUGGAGUUGAGGCCUGGAAAGCUUGUGAAAAUGGGUGUCUGUCUGAAGAUUUGAUUGAGGAGCAAAGGAAAGUGAAAGAAGCCGACUUGGUGAUUUUCCAGUUUCCUUUAUAUUGGUUCAGCAUGCCAGCCAUCCUGAAGGGCUGGAUGGACAGAGUCUUAGUCCAAGGAUUUGCUCAUGAUUUCCCAAAGUGUUUUGAUUCUGGUUUACUCAAGAAUAAACUAGCCUUACUUUCAUUUACCACUGGAGGAGAUGAAGAAAUGUAUUCAGAGAGAGGACCCAGUGGUAAUAUCCGGUAUCUUCUCUGGCCCAUGCAGCAUGGAAUCUUACACUUCUGUGGCUUCAGUGUCCUUUCCCCUCAGAUCUGCUUUGCCCCCGAGUACAUGUCAGAAGAGAAAAGACAACAGAUGUUGACUUCAUGGGUCAAACGGCUGCAGACCAUUUGGGAGGAGAAACCUAUUAACUGUGUGCCAGAGUGGUACUUUGGUGACGUUUGAAUAGAGAGAGAUGAAUACAAAAAAAUGAAGUAUUUGCUGAAGCUCUCCCCACAAAAGUUUGUUUCUGUAUUUUUCUCUAUCCAUCUUGGACUGCGUGAAGGCAAUUAAUAAAAUGAAAUCGA